GCUGUAUCAUCAAACAGCAUUUGUUUUCGAUAAAAAUAUAACGGCCAUAUAUUUUGCAUAAUCCAAUUGACAUAUUAAUAAGAUUUAUGAAACUAUGUUUUUUCAUUCUUCUGUGCAUUUUAAAAUCUAAUUACCCUAGCUUUUUUUUUUUUUUUAGAAUUGUGUUUUGACAUCUUAAUUUUUCUUUUUCAGAUUUCUGAUUCCCUGUGCACACCACACAUACUUUUAAAAGGGGAAGAUGAUAAUUCUUCUGGAGAGAAUGAAGAUGGUGUUCUGCAGAGCUCUCUCCAUGCCAACAUUUCUUUUCUGGAGACCUCAGUGUUUAUGCAUGACUAUGCAGGAGUAAUUUCAGAGAACCAUGUGUGUUCCCAGACUAAUAAGUCUGAGCAAACAGAUGAUGUUGUGAUACUGUCAAAGGAAGAGUUUGAAGAACUCAACUGUCUUUCACACCCUUCAAAAGAAGAGACAAAACAAAACACUGUUGAUGUAGGAAUUCAGUGCAAAUUACCAGACAUAACUAUUGAGGACAUCAAAAACAAUGAUGAUGAUGUGAUGUUUUACACUGGACUCCCAUCCUUUCCUGCUCUCAUUAUGAUUUUGAGCCGUCUAAAAACCCGCGCAAACAACAUGUCUUACUGGAGGGGCAACCAUUCAGCUGGCGAGAAAAGGUAUCAGAGAAGUGGAAAACAGAAACCCGGACCAAAAAGGAAACUGAGAAUUGAAGAUGAAUUUCUCCUAGUGAUGAUGAGAUUACGACUUGGUUUGUUGUUGGAGGACCUAGCCAGAAGAUUUUGUAUCAGUGUGACAACUUGCUGCAACAUUUGGCGAACGUGGGUACAAUUUUUGGCUCAGGAUCUGGUUCCUUUGCUUAUGUUUUGGCCAAGUAAGGAAGCAGUCCAAAGUAACAUGCCAGCCACAUUUAGGAGACGAUAUCCAAAUACACGUGUUAUACUGGACUGUACCGAGAUACGGACAGAGACACCAGAAUCUACCAGAGCUAAGUCACUGCUGUAUUCAAACUAUACGUCUCAUAUGACCUGGAAGGUUUUGGUAGGCAUCACACCAGCUGGAGUGCCUAGUUUGGUGACAUCUUGUUAUGCUGGCAGCAUCUCAGACAAAAAGAUUACAGAGAAGUCUGGAGUGGUAGAUAUGUGUGAUGAUGGUGAUGCAAUCAUGGUGGACAAAGGAUUUCUUAUAUCAGACAUGACUACUCCUAAGAACAUCCAACUGAUCAUACCACCAUUCAAGAGGAAACAUAGAAAUUCUCCAGGAGGGAGGUGGAAACAACCCGACGAAUCGCAAAUCUUCGUAUUCAUGUUGAGCGACAGAUGCAACGUAUCAAACUCUUUCGUAUACUGA